CAUGGCUGAAGGCUUGGGAGACGCGGAGACAGCAGACGAUGAGAUUGUUGCUAAACGGGGAGGUACCUCCGUCAUUUGGAACUAUUUUGGUUUCUACAAAGCAGACGUGGAGCAAGAGACAGUAAUAUGUAAAGUUUGUAAAGCUACGGUGAACGCAAAAGGAGGAAACAAGACAAAUUUUUUACAAUCUCAAACACAAUCACAAAAUUGAAUACGAAGAGUGCAUCAAGAAGCGAGAGACAGAACCAGAUAAGUCAAAACUUUCUCAGUCAAAAAUACAAAAUGCAUUUGCUCACAGCAUUCCUUACGACAAGAAAAGUAAACAGUGGCAAGAACCAAUUGAUGCUGUGACUUAUUAUUUGGACAAAGACAUGGUGCCUAUUUACUUUGUUGAAAAGGAAGGAUUUAAUCGCCUCCUCCGCAAAUUUGAGCCCAGAUACAUAAUGCCUUCACUAAAAUAUUUCUCAAAAACCGCCAUUCCUACAUUAUAUCAAGAAUGUCACGAAAAACUAAAAGCAAAGAUGACUACAGUGGAGUUUUUUGCCUCGACGACAGAUUUGUGGACUAGUCGAGUGACUGAACCAUACAUCAGCCUCACCGUUCACUACAUAACCAGUGACUGGACUCUAAAAUCCUCCUGUCUCCAAACAAGUUUUUUUUCCUGGAGAUCACACAGGUGAAAACAUCUCAAACGAGUUAAAGGCGUUUCUUAAUGAAUGGGAGCUGGACGAGAAGAAACAAGUGUGCAUAACCACGGACAGUGGAUCUAAUGUGAAAGCUGCAGCCCUGAACGAGUGGAUGAGACUUGCUUGCUUUGGACACUCGCUGCACAGUGCCAUCGAUUAAAGAGUUGGGUGCGAUGGGAGUGAUGGCGAUGGAAGUACCAGAGGAGCUCGGUGGCACGGGGAUGGAUUACCUGGCUUACAGUCUGGCAAUGGAGGAAAUAAGUCGAGGCUGUGCCAGCACCAGCGUUGUUGUCUCUGUUAACAAUUCUCUCUACAUCGGGCCCAUAUUAAAGUUUGGAACAGAAGAACAAAAAGCCCAGUGGAUUACACCUUUCACCACAGGGAAGAAGGUCGGCUGUUUUGCCCUCAGUGAGCCCGGGAAUGGCAGCGAUGCUGGUGCAGCGUCCACACUUGCACAUCAGGAAGGAGAUAAGUGGGUGCUGAAUGGAACCAAAGCCUGGAUCACUAACGCCUGGGAAGCCUCGGCCACUGUUGUGUUCGCGACCACAGACAAGAAACUCAAACACAAGGGUAUCAGUGCGUUUUUGAUCCCAAUGCCACACCCAGGACUGUCGCUGGGUCAAAAGGAAGAUAAGCUGGGUAUCAGAGCUUCAUCCACUGCCAGCAUCAUCCUGGAGGACUGCAGGAUACCGCUCGGCAACAUGCUGGGCCCACGUGGAGCUGGAUUCAAAAUAGCCAUGCAAACUCUGGACAGCGGCCGUAUAGGCAUCGCAGCCCAGGCUCUUGGCAUUGCUCAAGCCUCUCUGGACUGCGCUGCAGACUACGCACAAAAACGCAACGCAUUUGGAGCGCCAAUUAGCAAGCUGCAGGCAAUACAGUUCAAACUGGCUGAUAUGGCUGUGGCAAUAGAGAGCGCUCGUCUACUCACCUGGAAAGCUGCACUUCUCCGAGAUUUGAAGAAACCCUUCACUAAGGAAGCAGCCAUGGCUAAGCUAGCAGCAUCCGAGGCCGCCACCUUCUGCUCACAUCAGGCCAUCCAGAUUCUGGGUGGGAUGGGCUACGUGUCGGAUAUGCCAGCAGAGAGGCACUACCGCGACGCUCGCAUUACGGAGAUCUACGAGGGCACCAGUGAGAUCCAGAGGCUGGUUAUCGCUGGACAGAUACUGAAGGAAUACCACGUGUAGCCAUGCUGUUGGUGUUCCUGGUACAGCGUGCGCAUCAGAGACUCCACGCUGUCACAGCGCCUCAUCCGUAAUGACAAAGCAGCUAACUGCUAUCGCGCUGUAAGAAGUAGCACCAGCAUUUGGUAGCUUGGGAUGCUGGUGUCUGUCUCUGGCUUUAUCUCAAUCACCUCCAUAUUUUUUUUCUUGUAUCAAGGAAAUUUUUAAAUCAAUACCAACAUGUUUCAGACAUAUUUUUGUUGCUUUGGAGGUAAUUCUAAGAACUCCCUGACUCUUUCAAAUUAUGGCCUUGGGAUCUCGAAAACCAUAUUUAUGUUCAGACAGGCUCAGCUCUCACUUAUAUACACAGCAGAAAUGCAUGUUUUUAAAAAUCACUUUUGAGUUUUGAAAACUUGAGAGGACACUUCCCACCAGAGGGCGCUGUCGAGCCUUUAUACUGCCUGACCCAGUUCUUAUGUCUUUAAAUUAAACAGGAGGACACACAAAUCACCUGAGGUGUUUCAUCAUUAUUCAGAUUACGCACUUAUUUUGUGAAUUAUUUUGUUUUCUGGCUGACGUGUAGAAGAAUGAACAGGAAUUUUUCAGUCUGCCUGCAUGUUUAAGAUGAAUUAUGUGAAUUUAAGAAGCUGUGUAAUGAAAUGUGAUCAUUUUCACAGACCUGUUGUGCCUCAGAUCGAGAUAUUUAACUGUAAUUUUUUGUGUAAUUCACAAAAUAAGAUUGUUCAUGAUAUUAUAAGUUGAGAAAUGC